AGGAGGCGGGGAAGGAAGGAAGAAAGUGAGAGAGAGAGAGAGAGAAUGGGUGGACGUUGGAGGAGAAAGAAGAAGCAGGAGCUGUUGGUUGUUGGUAGUGAGUAUCGUGAGCGGAGACGUUCAUAUUGGCUUUGGGCGAAGAAGAUAAAGUCUGAGGAGGAGAUUAUCCGAAAAAGAAAAGAUGCCGAGACGGCUGAGCUUUGGCGUAAAGUGCGGGAAACAGAUGGGUUCGAUAUGGGUGAACUGAGGGAUCAUCGUGAUUGGGGAAUGCAUGAGUUCUCUGGAGGGAAAGAUUGUCUCCUUGUAGUGCAGCUUUAUGCAAAGGUCGGCCUUCACCGCUACAAUGUUUUAGAGGGGACCAAUCUGCAGCUUCACGAAAUAGAGAAAUACAAUAGAGAGGGUACGUACAUGCCUGCCCGUUAUUAUAUAACUUUGCUUGCAGCAGAGGAGGAUCCAUCAGCUACACCCGCGUCCCUUGUUACUUUCCAGACUGAGCUUUACGAAAGAAAGUGCUGCACUCUGAAUCUCACUUGCCUUAUCGCCAGACUUAAAGGGACUAAGUCUACAGGAAAUAUGGGUCGUCAUUUCCGCGACGAUAGGGACUUGCCUGAGUGGCCUGAUGAUAAAUGUAGUAGUCGAUUUUUAUAUGAGGUGAUGGAAUCUGAGUGGGAAGAAAACGACUGGAUUGGUCUAUACUUGCAAGUUGCUAUCGUUACCACGGAUAGGCGAGACUACACAUAUAAACCCAACCUGUCCGGUUUGAAGAUUUUGAACGUGGUGGUAGAAACUGAGGAAAAUCUGCCCAAAGAGACUCUACUCAAGUGUUUUCCAAGUGUCGUAGUCUACAUAAGUUAUGAUCAGGACCUGGGAGGUGAUAAUGGGGUAUGCAAACGUAGAGCCAUCGUUCGAAGAACUGUGGAUUUGAUAUCUAAAUGCUUUUGUCUCGUUGGCGACACUCUACCGCUUCCCUAAGUUUACAACAUGCUAUUUGUUAUGUGUUUUUUUUUUUCCUUCAUAUUUCAACAACCUUUCCUUUUCUGGGCGAUUGCUUA